AUGGCUUUCCGAAACACCGCCAUCGUUGCCGGCACGAUUCUGACUGGAGUUCUCGCCUAUGCCGUCUAUUUCGAUCACAAGCGCCAAAGCGAUCCUGCCUUCCGCAAGUCUCUGAAGAAGAACAACAAGAAGGUCGAACAAACCGUGAAACAGGAGGCCGAAGCCGGUGCCGCAGCCCGAAUCGCAGAUCUCAAGAAUGCGCUCGAACAAGUGAAGAGGAACGGUGAACUUCCCACAGAUCUUGAAGAGAAAGAAAGCUUCUUUAUGACUCAAGUUGCCUUGGGUGAAUCUCUCUGCGCUAGCGAAGGAUCCCAAGUUGAAGCAGCAAUCGCUUUCUGGAAAGCAUUGAAGGUCUACCCCCAGCCUCAGGAUCUGAUCGGAAUUUACGACAAGACCGUGCCCAAGGCAACUCUCGAGAUCCUUGCGGAACUCAUCGCACUUGACGGUGGUCACGCCGCUGGCCCUAAGGCCAGCACCGACGACAACAUCGAAUAA